CCGGACUCGGGGGUGGGGCUGCGCCUCUCAAACCACAUUCGUUCGUCCUGAUGCCAUAUAAAUGGUCAGAUCGACCUAGCUAAGAAACCCAGACCCAAAUUAAUUCUUCCGCUGCUCCCCUCAACACCACUCUCACAACUCACAAGUCGCACCUUCCACUGCGAGGAGGCAGAAGCAAAACCCCGAGCCAUAAGCUGCCUCCGGGCGGCAAGAUGAUAUCGUUGCAUGACCUGUACACAGUCCUGGCGGCGGUGGUUCCGCUCUACGUGGCGAUGAUCCUGGCGUACGGCUCGGUGAGGUGGUGGGGCAUCUUCACGCCCGACCAGUGCUCCGGCAUCAACCGCUUCGUCGCCAUCUUCGCCGUGCCGCUGCUCUCCUUCCACUUCAUCUCCACCAACGACCCCUACGAGAUGAACCUCCGCUUCCUGGCCGCGGACACGCUGCAGAAGCUCCUCGUCCUGGCGCUGCUCGCCGUGUGCUCGCGUCUGAUCCCCUCGCGGCGGGCCUGGGUGCCGCGGCUGGACUGGUCCAUCACGCUCUUCUCGCUGUCGACGCUGCCCAACACGCUCGUCAUGGGGAUACCUUUGCUCAUAGCCAUGUACGGCCCCUACGCUGGCUCGCUCAUGGUCCAGAUUGUCGUGCUCCAGUGCAUCAUCUGGUACACGCUGCUGCUCUUCCUCUUCGAGUUCCGCGCCGCUCGCCUGCUAAUCGCUGACCAGUUCCCCGACACCGCGGCGUCCAUCGUGUCGCUGCAUGUAGACCCCGACGUGGUGUCGCUGGAGGGCGGCCACGCGGAGGCGGAGUCUGAGGUGGCGGCGGACGGGCGGCUACACGUCACCGUGAGCCGGUCCUCGGUGUCGAGGCGGUCGACGCUGCUGGUGACGCCGCGGCCGUCAAAUCUGACGGGCGCGGAGAUCUACUCCUUGAGCUCGUCGCAGAACCCCACCCCGCGGGGCUCCAACUUGAACCAGGCGGACUUCUUCGCCGUCGUCGGUGGUGCGCCGCCCGCCAGGGUGGACGGCUCGAGCUUCGGCGCCUCCGAGCACUACUCGCUACAGUCGUCGCAGGGGCCGACGCCGAGGGAGUCCAACUUGGACGAGCACUCGGCAGCGCCAAAGCAAGCCAUGACAGACGCCGGAGCGCAGCACAACCAUGAUGCCAAGGAGCUGCACAUGUUCGUGUGGAGCUCCAGCGCCUCUCCCGUCUCAGAAGUAGUAAGCGGCUUGCCGGUGUUCAGCGGCGGUACAGGCGCAGCGCAUCUCGAUGCCGCCGCCAAGGAAAUCCGCAUGGUUGUCCCCGCGGACCCGCCGCAGAAUGGCUCAUGCAAAGAGAACGGGAGCUACACCGCGGCAGCGAGGGGAGGCAGAAAGGCAGUGGAGCACGACGGCGACGCGGUGCAGGCCGGGCCGGACAGGCUGACUCCGAGGCUGAACUCCAGCCCCGGCGAUGAGGACGGAGCGGAAACCGGGAGGGCGCGGCAGCACCAAAUGCCGCCGGCGAGCGUGAUGACACGGCUCAUACUGAUCAUGGUGUGGCGCAAGCUCAUCCGCAACCCCAACACGUACUCCAGCCUAAUCGGCCUCACCUGGUCCCUCGUCGCCUUCCGGUGGCACGUCUCCAUGCCAACGAUGGUCGAGAAGUCCAUCUCCAUCCUCUCGGACGCUGGGCUGGGGAUGGCCAUGUUUAGCCUGGGACUGUUCAUGGCGCUGCAGCCGAGCAUCAUCGCCUGCGGCAACUCCGCCGCCGUCGCCUCCAUGGCCGUCCGCUUCCUCGCGGGCCCUGCCGUCACUGCUGCCGCGUCAGCUGCCGUCGGUCUACGUGGGACGCUUCUCAAGGUCGCCAUUGUUCAGGCGGCUCUACCACAAGGGAUUGUACCUUUUGUUUUCGCCAAGGAAUACAAUGUCCAUCCUGAGAUCCUGAGCACUGCCGUAAUUUUUGGCAUGCUGAUAGCUCUUCCGAUUACAUUGGCCUACUACGCCCUUCUUGGACUGGUACACUGAUCAAUGGUGCUGCUGAAAACACACAGCAGAGGUAGAAGUUUUAGUACUACUGCCAGAUCAUACUUGUAAGCUUAGUCCAUGGAUGACGCAUGGCUUGUAAUUUUGGGUCACAUGCCUGUGAAAAUCCGUUGGGAUCACAAAGCUGGCCGGCAUUUAUGGCAUUGCUUACUUAUUUCGGGUUUCAGGAUUAAAGACCGUGUUAUACAUA